AUGCCGCGCGUCCACUCGGAACUGCGCGCACGCUACGACCCCGGCAACCGUCUCACCAAGCUGUUUGACCGCAAGUCCGCCGAUCGCAUCCCACCCGGAUCCGUGCUCAUCGUCGAAUCCUGGACUUCUCCGCUCAAGACGAACUUUUCUUCAUUCUCCGGUGUUCUGAUUGCAGUGCGUCGUCGUGGAGUGUCGACGUCGUUUGUGCUGCGCAACUUGGUGCAGAAGCUGGGUGUCGAGAUGCGUUUCAAUCUGUACUCUCCGCUGUUGAAGGAUGUCAGGGUGAUCCAGAAGGCGGAGGCGGGCAAGAAUGAUAAGUCGGGCAAGUUGAGGAGGACCAGGAGGGCGAAGCUGUAUUACCUCAGGAAGGACGAUAGGAGGUUGGCCGGUAUCGGCAAUGUGAUCAAGCAGCAGAGGUUGCAGGAGGAGAAGAAGGCGCAGGAGAUGGCGAAGCGUAGAGGCGGACGUAGGUGA